UAAUGCCGAUUUAUUUUGGUGCAAAGGUGCAAUAUUCCGCGUCCAAAGCGUUGACAAAAAAAAAUCUGCUGUUCUUCAACCAAAUUAUGACACAAGGACCACACGGAUAUUUAAUAUAAAACAUUGUGCGGGUGUGCAUGUGUGUGUUUGUGUUUACUAGUUGGAUUCCCUCUAGGUGGAUGUGAGCUUGCCUGACUGUGCGGUGAACAUGGCAGGGAAAGGUCGGGGCCUUGCUGCCUUCAGCUUUCAUGUCGAGUCCCUGGGGAUCACAAGGGGCUCCAUGCCAGAAUCCAGAGUUGGGCCCAACCCCUUGUUCCCAGAUGUGGAGUUCAAGCCAGUGCCGCUGAAAGUGGGAGACGACGAGGACUACAUGUUGGCCCUGAAACAGGAGAUGAGGGGGACCAUGAGACAACUCCCUCACAGCAUCAAGCCUCUGAAACCAAAGGCAGAUGUGGAGAGGUACAAGGAGAAAUACCAGAGGGAGAGACAGAAGCUGUUGGAUGGGGACUGGACCCCAGACUGGAAUCUAUUUCCAAAAGAACUGAUGCCACAGAAGAAAAAGUUGCUUGUAAAAACUGCUGCUAAGAAGAAGCCCAUUAAGGUGUCAGUCAAAGACAAAGAACAGGUGCUCAGUCAAUUAGAUGAACUCGAGAAGAGAGACAACGUCCAGUCGGACGAGGAGAAAGAAGCAAAGAAGGAGAAGGAGGGGGAGGAAGAGGAGGUCGAAGCAGAGGAACUCGAAGAUGAAGAACAGGAGGAGGAAAACGACUACAUUGCCAGUUACUUCGAGGAUGGUGAUGACUUUGAUGCAGGCAGUGAUGAUAAUAUGGAUGAAGCCACUUACUAACCAGUCACUGUAACCUAUUACUGCCAUCUUAAAAAAAAACAUAUGGAAACCCAAAGGCUAAUCUGUAUUGGUUCAACGUCUCUCCAAAUGUAUAUAUAUUUUUGUUAUACUUUAUUUUUCUUGCUACUACAGUGUCUUGGUAAAAUUGUGUUGCCUAUGCUAGCACUGUCAUGGCAUUAAACAAUACUUGAACUGAA